AUGAACCAAAGGAACAUCACCGUGGAGUCUUCAAGUGCCGUUAAAGAAUUACUUGACACAACGAACGAAUGUUUACAUGCACUUGAAAACUUAGGGGUUGACGUUGGUUCAUGGGACAUACUUGUUAUUUAUAUUGUCAGCCAAAAACUUGAUCCAGAGUCACGGAAAUUGUGGGAAAAUUUAAUUAACGAUUGUUCAAAUAAAUUACCAGAACUGAGUCAAUUUAAAACUUUCUUAGAAAAUAGGUUUAGGGCAUUAGAAUGCCUAGGUUCAAAUAAUGUAAAUAAGCAAGGUAACACUAAGCCAAAAAAUGCUACGGCAUUACAUGUAACCACCACUCAUAAUAUCAGUUGUGUUUUUUGUACUGAUAAAGGACACAAGUUAUGUAAUUGUAAAAAGUUUGCCCAGGAAGAUGUAGAAAAUCGACGUAAGUUUGUCCAAACCAGUAGGCUGUGUUUUAAUUGUUUGAGCGCAGGCCACUCCAUGUAUACCUGCCGGCAAUCUACAAGGUGUCAUCUUUGUCGAAGAAGACAUCAUACGCUUCUUCACCCUAAAAGUACCCCGAAAACUGAUGAUAGUAAUCCAGGUCAGUCCAUUAGUAGCGAUGUUGUUGCGUCAGAAGCAGCUUCAUCUUCAGCGGGUGAGUCCACACGAGCUAUGACGUGUUUCGCCAAGGCUAGUACACACGUACUCUUGGCCACGGCCUUGAUUGAUGUAGAGGCGAGAACUGGAUCUUUGAUUUGUUUAAGAUCCCUGUUAGACCAGGGGUCUCAGGCUUCGUUCAUUACGGAGUCCGCGGUCCAGUUAUUGGGAUUAAAAAGACAUCCCAUCAAAACUGUAAUCUCAGGUCUGGGCGGUGACCCCCAAGCGUCAUUGGCCUGUAAGUUCAUGGUUACCAUGAAAAUUCAGUCCCGUCACGACCCCAGUUUUGUCAUCUCUGUCAAGGCGUAUGUUAUGAACAAAGUGACGUCUCUCUUGCCUGAUAGGAAGAUUGUCGUCCCGAUGUUGCCUUCAUUAUCUUGUGAGGUUUUAGCUGACCCUUCGUUUGGCACACCCAACAAAAUCGAUGUUCUGUUAGGUGCCGAAGUCUACAGCCAAAUUCUGUUGCAAGGGUUGAUUAGGGGUCCGCCGGGCUACCCUCUUGCACAGAAUACUAGAUUUGGUUGGAUCCUUUCUGGUGAAGUUGAAGAAGGAGGCAGCCAAUCGGAAACAUGUCACAACGUUAUUGUUAGCUUGCACUCAGCUCAUUCAAACGAGAGUGAGCUCUUACGGAAGUUCUGGGAGUUGGAGUCCGACCAUUAUGAUGUUGAGAAAACAUAUCUGACGGAAGAAGAGCAGUUGUGUGAAAGAUUGUUCACGGAAACGACGCGUAGAGACGAAUCUGGUCGUUACGUGGUUAGGUUGCCCUUUCGCACACCGGAUCCAAAAUGCAAAUAUGGUGACUCGAAACAAAUUGCCCAGAAAAGGUUUCUUAUUUUAGAAAAGCGGUUUUUACGAGACCCUGAGAUGAAGAAAGAAUAUGUCAAGGUCAUCAAUGAAUACUUGGACCUUGGCCACAUGGAGAAGGUCGAUGAUAAAGAAACGACUGAUGCGGUGUAUUUACCACAUCACGCAGUAGUGCGAAAUGACAAGCUUACCACCAAGGUGAGAGUUGUUUUCGAUGCAUCAUGUCCGGGAACAAAUGGAGCGUCGUUGAAUCAGGAUCUUUUGGUCGGUCCAGCUCUCCAACCAGAGUUGCGUCACAUCCUGAUGAAUUGGCGUCAGUUUCCAAUAUGCCUCGUUGCAGACAUCGUUAAGAUGUACAGACAAGUCAAGGUGUCUGAGACGGAUGUUGAUUUUCAACGAAUCAUAUGGCGCGAAAAUCCAGAAGACGAGUUGCAGCAUUUCCGUCUACUCCGUGUGACCUUCGGCACAUCAUCGGCACCAUACUUAGCAGUGAAAUCUUUGCAGCAGAUUGCACACGAUGAGGGAACUGAUUUUCCUCUAGCAUCGAAUCGUGUAUUGAAGGACUUCUAUGUCGACGAUUUAAUGACAGGAUGCCAGAACGUUGGAGAAGGUAUUCAAAUCUAUCACGAAAUGAAGGAGUUACUUGGUCGUGGAGGCUUCGAGCUUCAGCGAUGGUCCACCAAUAGUUCCGAAUUGUCAGAUCACAUACAGGAAGACCACAGACAAGCAACCGGAGAACACCUGGAACUUAAAACAGACGCCGUUAGCAAAAUUUUAGGACUUACCUGGAAUAGGAGGUCCGACGAAUUCGAAUACACCGUGAAUCUUCCUCCUUUAGAAACACCUGUAACUAAACGCAGAGUUAUUUCGGAUAUCGCGAAAUUGUUUGACCCACUCGGAUGGAUAGCUCCAGCCAUAAUAACGGCCAAGGUAUUGAUACAAAAACUAUGGUUGUCGGGCAUCGAGUGGGAUCAGGAACUACCCUCACCAUUGUUGAAGGACUGGCUUGAGUAUAGAGAAGAAUUGAAGCAACUUACCCACUUCCGUCUCCCUCGUUGGAUUCAUGCAGCCAGUGAUGACUGCGUGGUAGAGCUGCAUGGCUUCGCCGAUGCAUCCAAUGUUGCGUAUGCAGCCGUAGUGUAUACUCGCAUUAUCGAUAGAGACGGGUCCAUUCAUGUCAACCUUAUCACAUCUAAGACUAAAGUGGCACCCGUCAAGCAGGUGUCAAUUCCGAGACUCGAGCUUUGCGGAGCAGUAUUGCUCGCCAAGCUGUUAAAGGAAGUAUCCACAGUUCUCGGAAUAUCCAAGCAAAACAUCCAUGCUUGGACUGACUCCUCGGUAGUAUUGGCUUGGCUCAGGAGCCACCCUAGUCGUUGGAAAACUUUCAUAGCAAAUAGAGUGUCGGAAGUGCUCACCGUCUUGGAUGGAAGUCAGUGGUCUCACGUAUCGACGAAGCAGAAUCCUGCCGACUGCGCGUCCAGAGGCGUAAAACCAUCGGAAUGCGCCAAUAAUCAGAUAUGGAAGCAGGGUCCGACAUUCCUGAAAAGGAAAAACAUCGAAUAUAAAAAAGAGAUUAUGGAUACUACAGUCGAAGAGAGAAAGUUAAAAUGUCACACCGCUACAAGCACCACAGAAGAGAGUAGCAUACUUACCAAGUAUUCGUCGUUAAUGCGACUUACCAGAGUCGUAGCUUACUGUAGAAGGUUUUUGUCUCCAAAAUCAACGGGUACUUUGAAAGCAGAGGAACUGGGACAAGCUUUGAAAACCUGCAUUAAAAUGUGUCAACGGCAUUAUUUCCAGGAAGAGAUGGAUAAUCUAAAGAAGCAUGGCAAGGUGAACAAAAAAAGUAGACUUACCUCGUUGAAUCCGUUUCUUGAUUCCGAAGACAUCUUGAGAGUCGGUGGUCGUUUGCAGAUGGCUGCACUGGAAAAUGACAUGAAGCAUCCCAUAUUGAUUCCUCAUGGCUCGCAUUUAACAAGUUUAUUAAUAGACGAUGCACAUCGGAAAACGUUGCAUGGUGGCCCACAAUUGAUGGCCAACUAUCUCAGAUCCAAAUAUUGGAUCAUCAAUGCAAAAGGUCUUAUUCGACAGCACGUCUGGAAGUGCGUAGUUUGUGUUCGUCAUUCCGCAAAGUGUAGACAGCAAAUGAUGGGCCAAUUACCAGAGGCGAGAGUUACCCCUAGUCGUCCUUUUCUACGUAGUGGAGUGGACUAUGCUGGUCCCAUUAAUAUUCGUCCUACCAAGGGUCGUGGAUAUCACUCCACAAAGGGCUAUAUAUGCUUGUUUGUCUGCAUGGCUACAAAGGCCGUCCACCUUGAAGUCGUUAGCGACAUGACUACUCAAGGCUUUUUAGCAGCAUUUAAACGCUUUGUAGCCAGGCGAGGACAUGUCGCAGAGAUCUGGAGCGACAACGGUACCACUUUUGUUGGUAGCGCGAAGGAGUUGAAGAUUUUGUUCAACGCAGAAACGUCUGCCAUGGCACGUGAAAUCGCCGAGUGGUGUGCCACAAAUAGUACAGAGUGGCACUUCAUCCCUCCACAUUCUCCGAAUUUUGGAGGAUUGUGGGAGGCAGGAGUGAAGUCCACCAAACACCAUCUCCGUAGAAUAAUGGGCAACAGUACAUUAACGUUUGAAGAAAUCACCACAUUACUGGCGCAGAUCGAAGCCUGUUUAAAUUCAAGACCUAUGUCACAGCUACCAACAUAUCCGGACGAUCCCUUUCCUUUGACCCCUGGUCAUUUUUUGGUAGGGGGACCACUAGUGGUUGUCCCUGAUAGAGAUUAUAAGGACUUCAAUAUCACCUCACUUAAAAGAUGGCAACUUACGCAGCGCAUGCUGCAAGAAUUUUGGCGUAAAUGGUCUGACGAAUAUCUCGCUCAGUUGCAGCAUCGCUAUAAAUGGAAGGACCAGGUCGCGGAACCUAAAAUAGGCGAUGUUGUACUUCUUCGUGAAGUUGAUCUCCCACCGGCCAAGUGGCUUUUUGGAGUCAUUACUGAAAAGCAUACUGGUUUGGACAACCUUACGAGGGUUGUCAGUGUGCGAUGCAAGGGCAGCAUAAUAAAGCGACCAUUGUCCAAGUUAGUUGUGUUACCGGUCUCUUAG